UCAAAAACUUUGAAGAGACCCACUCCUCACAAUUUCAGUGAGCUGCGAACACUGAAACUUCGUCAGUAGAUUUAUUCAUACUCAAAACGCGCUGCAUCUAACAAGCUCUCUUGGAUUGAAUAAACCAUCAACAACUAUAACAAGGUCUGUGUAACCAUCUCAAUUCCUCUUCACUCAAUUUUUCAACACUGUCUUUGUGAAACCAAAACAAUGUGUUCCCAGAAAACCCUUUUGAGAAUUUUCAACAAAGGUGCGUCUCUUCCUUCAAAUCAGCACCACCACCACCAACAAAACCAACAUGAACUUGCUCGUAAAAUUACUCACGUCCUCAUCAAUUCAACUAACUCCAACUAUUUCAAACUCAGUGACACCCAACUUCGCUCCAUACUUUCCUGCAUCACCCCCCAUGUUACUUACCGUGUUCUUUCCGACCCUAUUCUCCAACCUCAUUCCUAUUUACCCUUUUUCCACUUUCUUAAAACCCAUCAUUCCAGCAUUUCACUCAAACCUGAUCUCAAAGCCCAUUUGAUUCUCUUUUCUAGACUCUUAAAAGCUCGGAAAUUCGCCACCAUGAAGACUAUUUUGAAUUCCCUAGUUACAGAUUCCGAAUUUCCCUGUCCUGUUUCGGGUAUUAUUCAUUUGGUGGAUGAAUUUGAGUCUCAUUUUGUUGAGAAGCUUUGUGAUAUGUUGUUUAGGGUUUGUUCUGAUAAUAGGUUGUUCCAAGAGGCAAUUAGAGUUUAUGAUUAUGUCGAAGGAAAGGGGUUGGUGAUAGAGGAGAGGUCUUGUUUUGUGCUUUUGCUUGCUUUGAAGAGAUGCGCUGAGGUUGACUUAUGUCUUAGAUUCUUCCGCCGGAUGGUUGAGUCUAAUGGAAUUGAAAUUAGGGUUCAGUCUUUGACACUUGUGAUUGAUGGGCUGUGUAGGAGAGGAGAGGUUGAGAAAGCCAAGGAGUUGAUGGAUGAGAUGGUCAGUAAAAGCAUUGUGAAACCGACUGUCUUUACUUAUAAUACAUUGUUAAAUGCGUAUGUUGGAAGAAAGGAUCAAAAGGGAGUUGAUGAGAUACUAAGGUUGAUGGAGAAGGAACGUAUUGUUUUUAGUGUGGCUACUUAUAGUAUUUUGAUUCAGUGGUAUUCCAGUUCUGCUGAUAUUGGGGAGGCUGAGAAGAUAUUCGAGGAAAUGCGUGAAAGAAAUCUAGAAAUUGAUGUUUAUGUCUAUUCGUCGAUGAUAACUUGGAAUUGUAGAUUAGGAAAUAUGAAAAGGGCCUUUGCGUUGUUUGAUGAGAUGACUCAGAGAAACAUUGCUCCUAAUGCACAUACUUACGGCGCCUUGAUUGGUGGUGUGUGCAAGGCAGGUCAAAUGGAAGCUGCGGAAAUCUUAUUGGAAGAGAUGCAGAGUAAGGGAAUUGACCUAAAUAUAAUAAUAUUUAACACGAUGAUAGAUGGCUACUGCAAAAGAGGAAUGAUGGAUGAAGCUUUGAGGCUGCAAGCCAUCAUGGAAAGGAAAGGAUUCAAAGCAGAUGUGUUUACAUUCAACAUUCUUGCAAAUGGGCUCUGUAAAUUGCAUAGGUAUGACGAAGCCAAGUGUACUUUAAAUUCAAUGGUAGAGAAAGGAGUGGAACCAAAUGUUGUGACUUUCACUAUGUUUAUCGAGAUAUAUUGCAAGGAAGGAAACCUUGCUGAAGCCGAGAGGUUCUUUAGGGAUAUGGAGAAAAGGGGAGAAGUGCCUAAUAUUGUUACAUAUAACACUCUUAUUGAUGCGUAUUGCAAGAAAGAAAAAGUGAAGCAAGCACAUUCGACAAAAUCUGAAAUGAUAAACAAGGGGUUAUCGCCAGAUGUAUAUACAUACACAUCGCUAAUACACGGGGAAUGUAUUGUUGGUAGGGUAAACGAGGCGCUUAAAAUUUUCAAUGAAAUGAGGUUAAAGGGGAUAACUGGAAAUGUUGCAACGCAUACAUCAAUUAUUUCAGGAUUAUCCAAGGAGGGGAGAGCAGAUGAAGCAUUUAAGUUGUAUGAUGAGAUGAUGAAAAUGGGCCUAAUACCUGAUGAUAGAGUUUUCGCCGCACUUGUUGGUAGUCUUCACAAACCUCUCAUUCAUGCUGGUCUAAAACAAAAUGAAUAUGAGGAUCUGAAGCAGAAGUAGACACUUCUGGCACUUCACUAGGGUCAAAUGUAUGUUAGUCAAAUGCACACAGGAUGGAAGUAAAGAAAAGGGUGGGUAAGGGUGUAAGAGAUUGAUGAUCUUGUCCUUGAAGCUCAAGCAAGAAGACCUGUGUGUAGGGGAAAGUUGAUCUGCAACACCAAAUUAGAGCUUGGAAAGAUAGGAAGAUGUGCAAAAAUCUGGUCUCGUUAUACUUGGUUAGCUCGUAGAAUCUGCACUAUCAAUUUCAGUGAUCUAGCUCGCCAGAAGGAUCAAUUUCAGUGUGAUAGAUAUGGCAAGGUGUAUAGGAGGAUACAUAGGAAGAGAGAGCUUUAUGCUGAGAAGGUUAACAACAGAGGACUUUGUGCCAUUGCUCAGGCUGAGUCUCUUCGUUACAAACUCCUUGGUGGUCUUGCUGUCCGCAGGUACAUACAGAAUUUGUUGUGGGCUUUUAAUUACUGAUUUGUUUGUCAAAUGAAUCUCAAAGUGCUAUAUAUUGAUGUACUGUGGCAAUUUGAUUAUUGAAAGAGUCUAUGUUCUAUACUUGAAUUCCAAAACAGAACAUGGAGAAACUAUUGGAACUGAAUUUCUUCCUUCUAUUUGUGAAUUGGUACCACUAUAUUUGAUUAUGUUUGCCAUGGUGGAAAGAUGGUUGAUUUUAUGCUAUGAUUUAUCCAAUAGUGGAAACCCAUAAUUUAUGCUGUAAGCCGCAGCCAGCUAAGCUUUUCUAAUGAAAGGCAAUAUAUAAUAAGGGACUCAUGUUUCUUUGAUUUUGUAAUUUUGACGGAGUACUUAUGAGGUUAAAUUGCGUUCUGCAUCUUUCGUUGGAACUGUAAUAAGUCUUUAGCUUGAUUUAAACCAGACUUCCUUACAGUGGUGUCUAAACUCACGUGGGUGUUGUUCUCAUCUACAUGUGACUACUUGAUACUUUGAUUGAAUAUUAGGCAGGUCACUUACCAGUUCACUAGGGUCAAAUGUAUGUUAGUCAAAUGCACACAGGAUGGAAGUAAAGAAAAGGGUGGGUAAGGGUGUAAGAGAUUGAUGAUCUUGUCCUUGAAGCUCAAGCAAGAAGACCUGUGUGUAGGGGAAAGUUGAUCUGCAACACCAAAUUAGAGCUUGGAAAGAUAGGAAGAUGUGCAAAAAUCUGGUCUCGGUAAUAUACAAACCUUCUCUUUUUCUUGUAAUUGGUUGCACAGUAUCACUUGACAAGGUUAUUCUUUGUUGGCAUUCAAUAUUUCAUGUUUGCAUUGAAUGUAACUGAAGUUUGAUAUAACUGUAACCUUGGCAUAAUUUUAAAAGUUUCUUAGAAUCUAAGAAACUUGUGUUUA